GCUCAGUCAUCGAUAAAUCCGAGUGCUUGUUGUGCCUUUUCUGUGCCUUCUUGGCACGUGUCCCCCCCUUCUCUCCUUCCCUUCUCCUCUUACGUCUCUGUCUUUUUCUAUUUCUUUCUCUCUCUCUUUCCCUCUCUCUCUCUCUCUCUCUCUUUCUCUCUUUCUCUCUCAUCUAUCUAUCUCCUUCUCUCCUCGUCGAUCCGACUGAGAUAAAACGUCGAACGAGGAGACACCUAAUUAUUUAUAAUUCCUCUCUCUCUCUCUCUCUCUUAUCAAUUUUUACCUUCGUUAGCUCGAUCGAACUAUAUCCCAUUUUCUUUUUUUGUUUAUUUUUUUUUUUUUGGUGCGUUCCUUCGUUCCUUCGUUCGUUCAUUCGUCCGUUUGUUUGUUUGUUUGUUUCUUUCUUUUUAAAUCAUAAUCUUCUCAAUUUCCACUGGACGAAAAGACAGGAAGGAAAGAAGAUGAGCAAGACGUGCGCUCGUUGUGAGAAAACGGUUUAUCCGAUCGAGGAGCUCAAGUGUCUCGAUAAGAUAUGGCAUAAGCAGUGCUUCAAGUGUCAGGGCUGCGGUAUGACCUUGAACAUGCGAACUUACAAAGGCUUCAACAAACAGCCAUACUGCGAGGCACACAUACCAAAAGCAAAGGCAACGACGAUGGCGGAAACACCAGAAUUAAAACGCAUCGCGGAGAAUACAAAAAUUCAAAGCAACGUAAAGUAUCACGCAGAGUUCGAAAAAGCAAAGGGAAAGUUCACGCAAGUCGCGGAUGAUCCAGAGACGCUGAGAAUCAAGCAGAACAGCAAGAUAAUUUCAAACGUUGCUUAUCAUGGUGAACUUCAGAAAAAGGCGAUUAUGGAACAGAAAAGGACCAUGACCGGAGAGAAUGGGGAACAAAUCGAGUACGUAGAGUACACGGACGGUACAAUCGCACCUGCCUCGAGCAGUUACCUAAAUGCGAAUCCACCAGUUGCGAGAACGGCAAACUCGCCUGUACAAAGGACACCAGGUAGGAUCGCUGAUUACGAUCCCCUUAGCGAGGCAAGGCCGAGUCCUUAUUCCGCCAGGCAAGCCGCGACCACGGUCAUUUAUACCAGUGACAAAGGUCCAGUGACGAAUCCACCUACACGAAAAAUUGGUUCCGUUGCGGAUAUCGACCCGGUGAACGACUAUUACGGAUCGCUCACGCCUGCGACGAAUAACAAUCACGUGAUACAGCAUCAGCAGCCUCCACCACCGCCACCUACCAACGUCGGAAGAGUCUACAGAGCGAUGUACGAUUACGAGGCACAAGAUUUGGACGAAGUAAGCUUCUGUGACGGUGACCUGAUUGUUAACUGUACAGCUAUCGACGAAGGAUGGAUGACCGGUUUGGUACAACGUACAGGUCGGCACGGUAUGCUUCCAGCAAACUAUGUCGAGCCAGCGCAGAUCUAAGGACCAUUAUAUUUCAACGAUGGAUCUUCUUAGGCUAGCUGCCAUCUAAACCUCUCGUUUGUUGUCAACGUGCUUGGAUUGAAACGUUCGCGAUCGAUAGAAACGUUAGAGUACACUGGUAGUGUGCGUGCGUGUGUUGAAAGAGAAAAAGAGAUGAAAAUAUAAAGAGAGAGAGAGAGAGAGAGAGAGAGAGAGAGAGAGAGAGAGAGAGAGAGAGAGAGAGAGAGAGAGAGAGAGAGAUUAUUCUUUGCUUGCGAGAGAGAUCGUUCGUUUUUGUCCAAUUUUUUAUGUACAAUGCUCUCCUUGCCGUGUUAGAAAAGAUAAACAUGUCGAACGGGACAUCUUCGAGAUAUGUUAUACGUCCUGUUCGAGAGAUUGUUUGA